CGUGACACAUCUCCCGCGGCGGACCUCAACUCAUCGGCUCAUCGGCUCGUUUGUUGGCUUCGGUUGGUUUGUUUUGUUGUCGUUACGAGUGAUCAUCUGGAUCGCGAGCAGGAUUGCAAGAACGAGAGCGCGGUUCGUCGCUUGCCGGAAGGUGUUCGCGCGUUCAAGUCUCCCGUUGAAACAAGUGCUGCUGGACUGGUGCGCGGGAAGUGUUUUGGAUGUCCGGAGGGUUGUUUCGGAGCACCCAGUGACCUUGAAGUGUGCUGCUGAUCGGAUUUGAGAACAGCUGUUGACGGAUUCAGUGCGUGGUGAGCAGCUUGUUGAGCUGGCCGAAGACCGUCCGACGGAAAGGUGUGCAGAAAAUUGCCGUAUGCUAAUGAAGUGAUAUCGCGUGUGCGUCCGUGUGUGUGUGCGCCGCCGGAGAGGUUUGCUGGUCGUGCCGCCGAUUAACGACUAAUUAUCAGCGAAUUAGUGUCACUUUGUAGUGGACCGCCAACGGCACCGACUCGGUGCAGACCUCCGGGAAGUUCGUGUAGUCCCGACGGCUCGGCGCGCGAAUCGCAUUACACGUGGGGUGGUGUUGCGUUACCAGUGCACGUUUUGCGCCUUAAGAGGCGGCGACUUGAGCGCGACAAGUGCGUGUCGUAGCGCGGCGCUGAAGAAGUGGAUGUUUUUGCAUGUUGAAACAAGCUUCAAGUGAUUACCACCGGCCUCCUGAACAGCAACAACAUUAUCGUGUGCGGGAUUUAUGAACUGCAAGUGGGUCUUCGUGUGCCUCUGCGAGCACUAAUGAGCAUCAAGGGAAGAAAGUGAUACCUUCGAGACCGUCGACGAUCUAGAUCUCUAGACAACGGGUCAACUUGCCGUUUUUUGGUCCUAAAAGUUCAACCUGUGCGAGAUUUCCGAGUGAGUUCUUCGUGGUUUAAUUAACGGGUUUGACGCGUCGCAACUCUUGUGUGAGUGUAUUUUUUUUCGGAGGUUCGAGGAACCCCAUCAGACCAUCUUCAGUCUACUGUGUGCAAGUUUUUGCGAGAGGUGUCUGGUACAUCUCUUGGAGCAAAAAAAAAAAGACUUGCUAAGCUGCCACUUCCUGGAUUCCUGGGCGCUUCUGCUGAGUUAAAGUUGCUGUUGGUGGAGCUCGUGGAGCGCAAGCAAGAUGAAUCAACAGUGUAAGGUGUGCGGUGAGCCCGCGGCCGGCUUUCAUUUUGGAGCGUUCACCUGCGAGGGAUGCAAGUCCUUCUUCGGCCGCACUUACAACAAUUUGUCGUCGAUUUCAGAGUGCAAAAACAACGGCGAAUGCGUCAUCAACAAGAAGAACCGAACCGCGUGCAAGGCCUGCCGGCUGCGCAAGUGCCUCGUAGUCGGAAUGUCCAAGAGCGGCUCCCGGUACGGUCGGAGGUCCAACUGGUUCAAGAUCCACUGUUUGCUGCAGGAACAACAGGCGCAGAAGAACAGCAGCAGCAAUAACAACAACAACACGCUGGCCAGUAACAACAAUGACACUAGCAGUAGCAACAAUAACAACAACAGUAACGGAAGCAACUCCCCUGGGUUGUUACCGAACGGGUUCCUCCCAGCGAACUUCCUGUCAAAUCUCUGCAACAACAACAACAACGUCCCCCUAAAGAAAGAGCUCAAAAGACCCAUCUCUCCAAGCGAUUCCGGAGCAUCGUCCGCCGAUCCGGACGAGAGCGCCAACAACCCAUUCGCGGCGGCCAACAACACCGCCCGCACCACGAUCUCCCCCAAGGUUGAAGUUCCGGAGGUGACCCUCACCAAGAUCAGCCCGAAGACCCCCAGUCGGCGAACCCCCUCAACAUCAUCCUCGUCCACGACCACCACCUCGGACACCUACCGACCCCUCCUUGACCGGAUGUCCCCCUACCAACUCCCAACACCCUUCCGACCAGAACCCUCCCCGUACUUCCCAAUCCCGUUCGCCAUCCCACCCGUCUCGUUGGCCCUCAUAGCCAACAAGCAUCACCACCAGAUCAACGCGAACCACGAGCAGCACGAACCGAUUGACCUGUCGAUGAAGUCCAAGUCAAGUUCGGGGUCCGGGUCGCCCAACCGGAUGGGAUCUCCUCUGCUACCGGCGGAUGUUAGUGGUGCUGGGGACGAUGGGGAAGAUUUAAGCUCGGUUGCGGCGGAAAGCGCCCCACGACCGGUGCCGCUGGAUUUGACUUUUGUUAGGACUAAGGCGAUGUCGGGGUGACUUGGGGCGUAGUUUUAGGUCUGUUUGAGCGUAAUUUUAAGUAUUGUGAAAAGGGAUUCUCUUUGAAAUGGUUGGUAGAUUAUUUGAAAA